AUUUCUUUCAACAUUGUUGUCAUGUUUGUUGUCGUUUUCUAAAUUCUUGAACUGCAUCAGUCUCAUCUAAUCAGAUAUGUCUGAAGCCAAACAAAAGCACGCUUCUACUCUCAGAACAGCCGAUGAUACCCGUUCGUCCGGCGACGGUUCGGAUCUGUGGUACACCUUGGUUCACUGGAACGAUCUACCACAUUGGCAGCAGGAUAACCAGCACAUAUAUUCCAGCUAUAGACAAGCAUCUUACAGCUACUCCAGAUCUCUGCAAAGUAUAUUUCACUGGCAUAACGAGAGUGUUAAUAUUUGGUCUCAUCUCGUCCCUGGGACCCUGGCUUUGCCGCUGGGUGCUAUUUUGUACAAAAUCCUCGAACCACGUUAUGAACGGGCAUCUGCGGGUGACGUGUUCGCCAUGAGCUGCUUCUUCGUGGGAGCCGCUUUUUGCCUGGGAAUCAGCGCCACCUAUCAUGCUGUCUCCAACCAUUCGCCGCCAGUCGCUCGAAUGUGGAAUCAAUUCGACUAUGCCGGCAUAUCCUUGCUGAUCGCGGGCUCGUUCGUCCCAAGUGUGUACUACGGAUUCUGGUGCCAUCCAGACAGACAGUGGAUUUAUUGGUCUAUGAUCGGCUCCCUGGGUAUCGCCUGUACCGCAGUAUCUGUCCUUCCGAAGUUCCGAACGCCGGCAUGGCGACCGUAUAGGGCGAUGAUGUUCGUUGGCAUGGGCAUAUCUGCGGUAUUUCCAGUCUUGGACGGCCUCAAGACCUUCGGCCUGCAAGCCAUGGAAAAACAGAUGGGCCUGUCGUGGUUGGUAUUGCAAGGCGCCCUCUACAUUUUCGGUGCUGGCCUAUACGCUGCUCGCAUUCCAGAAGCUUGGUACCCCGGCAAAUUCGACACAUUAGGAAGCUCUCAUCAGAUCUUCCACGUUCUGAUUGUGCUAGCAGCAAUGUCACAUUUGAAGGGACUGCUAAAGGCUUUCGACUAUCGACAUGGCGUUAUGGGAUCAAUGUGUAUAUGAGAAGGAUGCAAUCAUAAUUUGAAGUCGGCGUUCGUGAAAUAUCGCAGUUGACUUGCAUCCUUAUGUUGCUUAGCGAUCUGCGAGAUCAUCGACAUUUUUAGAUCACGGGCUUUGUCGGAAGUCAGGUCGUAGAUGGUAGCAAGGUUGAUGGUUAGGGAUUGGAAGGAGUAUCCUUCAUCGACCAAUUCCUCCAGGAUCCGCUUCGAUAUCGUCACUUCACCCCUG